UACCCUCUCAUUUCUCCCGAACAGUUCAUUCCAUACACACCAUUCAAAACAGCUCUUUUGCUUCUGUUUUCUUUGCUUUGUGCUUUCAAUUCUUUUCAACUUUGUUGGCAACAUGACUAUCCUCAUUGAGCAGCCUGAUAUGGGUUCACAAGGGGAGGAUAAGAGGGUUCUUUUUGAUAACAAUGACUUGGUUUUGCAUGAAGGAUUUCCACUUCCAAAAUCUGUGCAAGAUAAUGGGUUUGAUGCCCCAGAGAUCAAUUCAUUUGGCCACUCAUUUAGGGACUAUGAUGCAAAGAGUGAAAGACAACAAACUGUUGAGGAAUUCUAUCGAGUGAACCGCAUUAACCAAACAUAUGAUUUUGUGAAGAGGAUGAGGGAGGAUUAUGGAAAGCUGGAUAAAGUGGAGAUGAGCAUCUGGGAAUGCUGUGAACUUCUCAAUGAUGUCGUGGAUGAUAGCGAUCCGGACUUGGAUGAGCCUCAAAUCGAGCACUUAUUGCAGACAGCCGAGGCAAUUAGGAAGGACUAUCCUGACGAAGAUUGGUUGCACUUGACUGGACUUAUUCAUGAUCUUGGAAAAGUUCUUCUUCAUCCUAGCUUUGGGGGCCUUCCUCAAUGGGCUGUUGUUGGUGACACCUUCCCUCUUGGGUGUGCUUUUGACGAAUCGAUUGUUCAUCACAAGUACUUCGAGUACAAUUCGGAUUCAAAAAACUUUACUUACAGUACCAAGAAUGGAAUUUACUCAGAAGGUUGUGGACUAGAUAAUGUAAUGAUAUCGUGGGGGCAUGACGAUUACAUGUAUUUGGUGGCUAAGGAAAAUGGAACGACUUUGCCUCCAGCUGCAUUGUUCAUCAUCCGAUACCACUCUUUUUAUCCAUUACAUAAGUCAGGAGCGUACAAACAUUUGAUGAAUGAGGAUGAUGUUGAGAAUUUGAAGUGGCUAAAAAUUUUCAACAAAUAUGACCUUUAUAGUAAGAGCAAAGUUCGCAUUGAUGUCGAGAAGGUCAAGCCAUACUAUCUUUCCCUUAUUGAGAAGUAUUUCCCAGCCAAGCUGAGAUGGUGAAUAUUCCAAAUUGAAGACAUUGAUUUGAGAAAUUACAGAUUUUAUUUUAUUUUUCUUUUUGUGCUUGAUUCAUGCACUCGUAUAAAACACAACAGAGAUUUGUGGGUUCUUUGUAAAAUCUCUGAUUUGUUCUAGAAGUGUCUAUCGAUAAAAAAUUUAAAAUUUAAAUGCAUUUGGCGGGAUGUAAUGUCAUUCCUUUGGCAUUUUUUUCCUUUUAAUUUC